AGGCUGUCCUACACUGGGAUACCGACCUUGGAUAUGCCUCUUUAAUGCUCUUUCAAGUCGCUGUGGAGAAUAGACAAUGACAGCUGCCUCUGGCCAUCAAUUUGGUCCUCAAUCGUGAAUUUGGAAAUUUUUUCAGCUAUUUUUAAAAACAGGGGUUUUGUUUGUCUUGUUUUUGAGAAGAUAAGUGCACAAUGAGGAUUUUCAUAGCUUUUGAAGGAUCUUUUGAGGCAUUCGAUGUUGAAGCACAUACAUCGGUGGGUGCCAUCAAGCAGAUGAUAAAGGAUUACUUCCACAUUCCUCUUUCUGAAGACAAACAAGGCAGGUGGUAUCUUGAGCUGAUGUAUGCUGGAGCGGCCCUAAGGAACAGCUGGAGUCUGUCGGACGUUGGAAUAUCUUUCUGUUCAACUCUCAAAUGCUUUGUUAAGAAGGAAGACAAACCCACUCUCUAUGUGUUCAAUGCCGUGACCCAGGAGAUGAUGCCAAUAAUGGAGAACAUGUCUCUCUUGGAUAAAAAGGUGUCUGACCUGAGAAUGCUGGUAACUCUGAGAUGCGGCUUCCCUGUGAGUGUCUACUGUCUCCGGACACCAACGGGACUGGAGAUGUAUGACUGCAACACCCUCAAGGAUUACCAGACUGAUAUCGGCACAACACUUCGUCUGGAUGUCUGGGAUGGAUGGAAGGAAUUUCUCAUGGGAUGUCUUCUUGGGCAAAAACCUAAAGUCCAACACUACUUAUCAAAAGAAGGACCAGUCCUCAAGUAUGGAAGCUAAAUCAGACAUUAGAUGGAUUUAAGUCACUUAGUUCUAAGCCUCCAUGAACCUGAAUUCUCUGUAGAGACAUAGUCCUGAUGCAAACCAAUUUCACCUCACACAAUUCGAUAAGAUAUUAUUAUUAUUACUAUUAUUUUAGAUAUUUGAUGAUUCAAUAGCAAGAGAGUCACUAGGACUGGUAAUGGGUUGCAAUUCAGGCAGAUAUUUCUCUGGAACACUAAUUAAAUCUGUGACAAAUUUGGUUUGCAUAUCACUUGGUUGGUUGGUUGGUUGGUUGGUUGGUUGGUUGGUUGGUUGGUUUUUCAAGAUAGGGUUUCUCUGUGUAGCCCUGGCUAUCCUAGAACUUGCUCUGUAGAUCUGGCUGGCCUCCAACUCAGAGAUCUGCCUGCCUUUGUCUUCUGGGUGCUGGGAUCAAAGGCAUGCGCCACCAUCACCUAGCACAUAUCAUACUUAUAAUAACACUUUAAAUAUUCUUAUCUUCAGAAUAAAUAUUCUGCCAUACAUGUUUAAUUAUUUUAUUAAGUAACAGUAUUUAAAAAAAAAAUCUGCCAAGUGAUAGGCUGAAAACAGUGGCCACUUCUUCCCAAGCCCACAUAUAUUAGCUAAAUUUAAUUGUUAAAACAAUGUAACUCCAAAUACAACUGUUGAAUUUGCAUUGAGUUACAACUGUAAUUGCUUUUUAAUUGAAAAAAGAAAAAGCCGGGGUUUAACAGCAGACAUUUGUUACAAAACCGUAAGCUGCUAUUUGAUUUUAAAUGAUUGGUUGUAUUCGAGCUUUGAAAUGACAGUGAGUCUAGCUUCUCCUUUAGAGGCCUUAUUAAGAGCUGGCUUGGCUGCCUGUCUUUACCUCCACCCAGAUCCUUUGCACACAGUGGCCAUAGUUACACCCCAAACAGGAUACCAAACUGCCUUCUCUCUGUGUUUCUCUGGCAUGAAUCUCAUUCUGUUUGAAUGUGUUUGCUACGAUCCAAAUAAAAAGCUCUCCUCUC